ACCCAGUGAGACCCAGUGAGACCCGUAGGCUCGCUUUAGCUGGUUUACCCCGCCGCAUUCUCGAGUGUUCGUCCCCGCGUACGGCUGGCAUCGCAGGGCCGCGUGUGUCGCUUAUAUUCGGUCUCUCGUCCAGCUACGACGACCUCGAACGGUUCCUCUCAACACGCGACACUUUUCGGCUUUGGUUCUUGGCUUGCCUUCGUCCGUGACCCGGGUUCGUUCACGUGCAUUGUGCGUCGUGCAUUCUGCAUUCUGCAUACGUGCGCGCCGCUACUACGUUGCCCUUUAGUGAUGUACAGUAUACAUAUAUAGAUAUUCGUCGAUUGAUCGGCUAUAACUGAAUCUUGAGUAACGAUUUUUCUUCCUUUAUCGUGUGGUGCUUGAACAUCCUGAGCAUCCGCUUAAUCUUAUACGAUUCUAUUGUUGUGGGACCUGAUCAGUGUCGUCGAGUGAAGUAAGGAAAACAGUGCGUUGUGCGCGAAGGAUGCUAUGAGCAUCCUUCCUCUUUAGAGACUUUUACCUCGUGGACCAAGAGAAGGAUGUUCUUCUAGGUGGUACGAAGAUUAAGUUGAAAAGUCCAGGAAGAAAGGUACGCGGUCUUAUUGUCUCUACUGAGAUACACGAAGAGGCAAGAUGAUGGGAAAGAGAACGCAGUGCUACCUGUGCGAUCUGCCCAGGAUGCCCUGGGCUAUGAUCAUGGACUUUUCCGAGCCCGUUUGUCGCGGGUGCGUAAACUACGAGGGUGCCGACAGGAUAGACCUGGUGCUGGAGUCUGCCAAACAGCUGAAGAAGGCUCAUGGGUUCCAGGACAACAGACCCUCCGCUUCAAAGACCUAUCGGUCCUCCGGACACACAGAGCACAAUGGCGGCUCGAAUAUUGACGUUUUACCGAUACAAAAUACCAGUCAAAGUCACUCCAGGCAUCACAAUAUAGCCGGUUACUCCCAGCUUCACCACAGGAACUCCAUAACGGAUUUCAACUCUGGCUCGAGGCAGCAAGUGUCACGGCACGAGGAGUCUCACGACAUGUCCAACGGGAUGAGGAAUGUCAGGAUCUCGAAUGCACACUUGGCCGCCGUCUCCCAUCAUGUUAACCUCAGUCACAGUCGUGGCAUUACCCAGCUUAAAAGAGGCAUCUCAGCCAUCGACGAGGACGAGCACACGGAGAAACGUCUUUCCCUGGAAGAACAGCAUCCAGUCAGACCUCCCCUGACCAGGGGUGACUCUCUACCAGCCGUCAGUCUCGCCGUCAGCUACGUUCAGGACAGAUCCAAGGAGAAGCUUCCUGUCAGGGCACCAAGCUUCGAUACAGCUACCAACUUCAAGGCGAACGUUGCCUACGUGGGACCGUCCAUUCCUUUGGCACCGGCAAACGUUGCGACAAAUGGCGGCGGAUCGCCGUUACGUCCUAGAACGAGUCCUCCGCCACCUCCGCCACCGUCACAGGAGGGAACCGGCGACAAUUCGCAGUCCAACCAUCAUCAGGGAACAGCGAGCGGUCCGUCGCCGAUGGCCGCCCUAAUGUCCGUCGCUGACAACCUGACGUCUCCAGAACCAGUGCCACAGCCGCCAAACAAUCCAAGUCCCACCAGCAGGAGUCCACCUACGACCGCAGCUAACGCCCAGCAGCAGCGGAGCGCAUCGAGAGGAUCUCAGCACAGCCCAAACAGUUCAGGGUCGUCGGGUAGAAGAUCAAGCGGCUCAAGGCAUGUGUCUUCUACGACAGUGACAACGUCCUCAGAGGGUGCUGUUGCUCAAGCUGCUGGCACCGAACACGUCUCGGCACCGACCCUCAAGUGCACCCUGUGCCAGGAACGGCUGGAGGACACCCACUUCGUUCAGUGUCCCAGCGUGCCACAUCACAAGUUCUGCUUCCCUUGUAGUCGGGAGAGCAUCAAGAGACAGGGUGCUGGUUCUGAGGUCUAUUGUCCAAGUGGCGAGAAAUGUCCACUGGCGAACAGCCAAGUACCCUGGGCUUUCAUGCAGGGCGAGAUUGCCACUAUACUUGGGGAGGACACCACGGGUUCCGGUCUCAAGGUGAAGAAGGAACGGGAAACUUAAGGGCCUUUAUCGAAAGAGAAAGGUCAAGGCUCAAAUUUUUCGUCCCCGAUAGAAACACGUCGGGGAUGUGUUUUUGGUGGAACCGUGAAGGUUCGCCAAAGAAUUUUUGGUUACGCUCGUAAAUGGUUGGGCUCCCAGAGUCAAACGACUGAGACUCGAGCCGAAGACGUUGUCCGGUGAGAUUAGAGAAUCCAUGCGAGAUUCCGUAAUGGCGAUUACUGGAGAUGGCAUUAAAAGAUUACGUCUCUCUCUCUCUCUCAUUGAUUCGCGAAUACGGAAGUAUCGACUAUUUGGUUUAAGCUGCUGUCUCGCGGUCCAAAGUAACGAUUAACAGAUGCGAAACGAAGCAAAAGGAAUAAUUACUAAGAGACGAAUAAGUGAUUAUCUAUGUGAUUGGACAAAAAAUUAGGAGCGACUUAAGAAAUUGAUGGUCGUCGAUUAAAAGUUACGUGGGCGUCGCAUUGACAGUUCUUGAUUGGUUUUGAGCAGAAGUCUUCGGCAACUUUGCACGCUGGCACUGGUUCUGUGUACAUAUAAUGUAGCGGAGAAUGUACAAAGAUGCAUUUUUUUGCAGAGAUCUUGAAAGGAAGCUCAGGAGGAUAAGGAUGCAUGUAAGAACAAAAAUUAAAAGAGAAUAAUUGGAGGAUGACGUGAAGAAAAAAAAAACUGCAGGAGACGCGCGCGCUAUAAGCACACUUCGUCUUUUUUUUCUGCCAAUUUUAGGGAUUUUUCGAAGUAGGGAAAGCAAAAUACGCAUGUGCGUUCGAUAUUUGUGCCCUCUUUGGGUUUGUACUUAGGCUUCAUUGCCUUAUACCAAUUUCUAUUGUCUUCUCACUCUCUUGCUCUGGUCUCGUAUUCACGAUGCGCCAGUACGCGCCUUUUAAUCGCUCAUUUGGGCGUACACCCAGAAUACGCAUUACGCAUUACAACAUUAUGAUACAUUAAACGCCGCUUACAGCCAGAACGUGGCGCUGGCAUUAUUUUUCAUGCUGUUUUACAUUUUCUAUUUUUACUUUGAUAAUGACAAGAACUAGUUUCUUUUCUUUCUUCGGCAGAAACGGUUUUCCGACGUCGUUACCCUUGUUUGUGAUAUGCAUGAACACCCCAGAACACACUUUUCACUCUUUCUUCCCGUUUACCGAACACUUUGUUUUUUUUUAUUUUCUCAUUUCCGCGGCUAGAAAAAAAUCUGCCUCGCCGUCUCGCGUAGCGUCCAAAAAAAAACCUCGGCGUCCUGACGCCUGGCGGAUAAUUUCGAUUUUUUAACUGCCGCCUCUCUGAAAUUUUGGAUUUUACAUUUACUCUCUCUCUCUCUCUCUCUCUUUUUACUUUGCUCGUUGUAUCACAUAAGCACGGUGAAACAUUUCGAAACCCAACGCGGCGGGUUUUCUUGUACAUUAUGUAUAUGUGUACAUAUUAUAUAUUAUUAAUAAAACGUAUAUAUGAUUAUAAAGGAGUAACCAUUUUUCAAUGUACAAAGAUUAUCGUUUUCUUUUUCUUUUCUUCUCUUUUUCCUUCAUUUCUCUUUUCACUUUCGUUUUCACAUAUUGUCGUUAAAUUAUUUACUAUCUCGUUCUUUCGCAUCUCUCUUUCUCUUCCUCGUUGGAGAUAUUGGUCUUUGGCUUUAGGACUUAUUCUUACACUUGCUUCUGAAUACGUUCUGUAAAGUUACGUCGCGCCUGCGCAUUAGCGUUUACGCUGACAUUCGGAAAAUAGCAGCCAACGACGUUCAAAGUGGCCCGUACGCUGCGUCACGUGGACACGUAUCCGAUAUGUCUUCUUGGCCGUUUAUUUAUCUUUCUGUCGAAUCCCUCAAAUUCCCUAAACAGACCACCAGAGACUCUCGCUGUUCCUGAUCUUAUCCUGUCUCUCCACAGACUGUCGCUCUAAUUUCUUCUUUCUCUUUCCUUAGUUUAAAAGCGCUAGAUUUUAAGUGAGGGCCUUUUGGUUUUUCAUUUUCCCGAUGAAAAAAAGAGGUACGCCCGUCAAAUAGGAACCACACACUCGCUAUGUCUGAAAAGUUAAUUAAAAGUGAUGACGAUGUUGAAAGAAAGAGACGAGGAAUUAAAAAAAAAAAAACGUGUAACAGUAGAGAAGAAGAAAAACAC